AUGCAGAAUCUGAUCAAUACCCAACCACGCAGUCUCGGCAAAGAGAUGCAGAUUGGGCCCCUGGGAUAUGGCUGCUGGCGCCUGGUUGCCAUGCGCCCAGCCGACGCCCAGGCACGCAUCGAAGCGGCGCUGGCUGCAGGCAUGAACCUGAUUGAUACCGCUGAUGUCUAUGGCCUGGACUGGGGCGGCAGCGCCUUUGGUCAGGCAGAAGAGCUACUCGGUGACGUUCUGAAAUCAGCCCCUCACCUGCGCAGUCAGAUGGUGCUGGCUUCAAAGGGCGGCAUUAUUCCCGGUAUCCCCUACGAUUCUGCAAAUCUGCUGCAGGCGUGUGACGAUUCCCUGACCCGCCUUGGCGUUGAACAACUGGAUCUGUACCAGAUUCAUCGACCAGAUAUGCUGACCCAUCCAGCAGAAACAGCCGCGUUGCUCGAACAGUUGAAAAACAGCGGCAAAGUCAGGGAGUUUGGCGUAUCCAACCACACCCCCAGUCAGGUUGCGGCUCUGGCUGCACACCUGCCCUUUCCACUGGUCAGCCAUCAGCCAGAGUAUUCCGCGCUUGCGCUGGCGCCGCUGUUCGACGGGGUAUUCGAUCAGUGUAUGGCCAAUAACCUGUGUGUACUGGCAUGGAGCCCGCUGGCCGGUGGGCGCCUGGCAACCGCUGAACACUUAAACGACGAACUUGCAGGUGUUAUGGGACAAAUCUGCGAACGCGAAAAUAUCGACCUUGCCACGCUGGCGCUGGCUUUUUGUCUGGCCCACCCCAGCAACCCCGUUGCCAUUGUCGGCAGCACCACACCCGCACGUAUAUCAAGCGCGGCCCGGGCGCUGGACGUCACGCUGACCCGCAAAGACGUCUACGACAUCAUUCAGUUUCUCGGCGUGCCCGACCCGGCGCUGGAAUCUUCCUGGCCACAUUGCCGGGACAUCACCGUCGCUGCAGACCGUCAUGGCUAUGACGGCAUCCUGCUACCCUCGGGAUAUCAACUGGGCAUCGACUCAGUUGCAUUUGCAGGGGGAAUUGCACCCCUAACUGAACAGAUCCGUCUGCUUGUUGCCGUGCGUUGCGGAGAGAUGUGGGUACCCCAGCUGGCGCGGCAACUUGCAACCCUGGACCAGAUGUCCGGCGGACGCCUGGCUAUCAAUAUCAUUUCAUCAGACCUGCCGGGGGCACCAAUGGCAUCAGUGCCCCGCUAUCAGCGCACCCGCGAAACGAUGAAGUGUUUGUCCAAACUGCUCAGCGGACAAAGUGUUGAGUUCCAGGGCGAAUUCAUCAAUCUGAACCUUGAAGCACCCAAAGCCCAACCCAACGCCGCCAAAUGCCCGCCACUUUAUUUUGGUGGCCUGUCAGAACCCGCAAGACAGGUGGCCGCCGAGUGUGCAGACGUUUUUCUGAUGUGGCCAGAUACCGAAGAUGUUGUCGCCGCACUCCUGCAGGACAUGGACCAACGCGCCAACACGUUUAAACGUACAUUGAAAUACGGCUACCGUGCUCACGUCAUUGUGCGCGAAACCCAGGGCCAGGCAAUGGACGCCGCGCGUUUGCUGGUGUCUAAACUGGACGACGAGCAAGGCUCAGCGAUUCGUAACAAAUCCCUCGACAGCCAGUCUGCUGGUGUCAAUGCGCAAUCAGCGCUACGCGAGCGAGCAGACGCAGACGGGUUUGCCGAGGCACAUUUAUGGACCGGGGUAGGUCGUGCGCGCAGUGGCUGCGGCGCGGCGAUUGUGGGAGACCCAGAUCAGGUGUUGGCGAAGCUGUUGGCGUAUCAGAGGAUGGGCAUCGAAGCCUUCAUCUUAUCCGGCUAUCCCCACCUUGAAGAAUGUGAUCUGUUUGCCCGUUACGUUUUACCACGCCUGGACCACAAAAAACUCACCCUCACAUAG